AUGGAGAAGUGGAUCAGGUAUUGUGAUAAUGAGUCGCCGGAGCCCCUCCAGCUGUGCAUCUCCUGCCCGACGCGGGAGGGCUACGACGUCGCCGUGAGGGAGACGGAGGAGCUCAUGAGGCGCGUCUACCAGGAGUUCGACGCCUGGAACAUGGAGCGCAACAGACCCGCGAGGGCGCCGGCGAUCCGGAUGACGGAGAAGCACCUCGACGGGGGCGGCGGCGGCGGCCAGGGCCGACGCGGCGGCCGCAGGCAGAAGUCCAGGCCCCCGCAGGCCGCGGCGGCCGCCGACCGCGGGGAGCCGGGCCCCAACGCGCCGGGGGUCGAGGAGAUCGAGAGAGCGAUCCAGGAGGGGACCGGAACGAGGCGCGCAAGAAAAACGAUUAUGCUAAGGCCGACAGAAUACGCGACGACCUGA